UUUUUCGGACCAUGACGUCAAGGUGGACUGGUGGCGGCAGGUGUGGGGUUGACAAUCAUACUCCUUUAAGGCGGAGGGAUCCACGGGAGGGCUGCUGUACUGUGUUUCGCCCUAUAUAGGGCGACUUGGGGCAGGCAAUAGCUCUCUCGAGUCAUUCCGGCGCAGCGUUUGUGCUGCUUGGGUAUCAGAAAGCCAGCCCGCGUUGCUCACCAUUACGUGUAAGCCUUUUCUUUUCAAGAUGCCUGAGGAAGUGCACCAUGGAGAGGAGGAGGUGGAGACUUUUGCCUUUCAGGCAGAAAUUGCCCAACUCAUGUCCCUCAUCAUCAAUACCUUCUAUUCCAACAAGGAGAUUUUCCUUCGGGAGUUGAUCUCUAAUGCUUCUGAUGCCUUGGACAAGAUUCGCUAUGAGAGCCUGACAGACCCUUCGAAGCUGGACAGUGGUAAAGAGCUGAAAAUUGACAUCAUCCCCAAUCCUCAGGAACGCACCCUGACCUUGGUAGACACAGGCAUUGGCAUGACCAAAGCUGAUCUCAUAAAUAAUUUGGGAACCAUUGCCAAGUCUGGUACUAAAGCCUUCAUGGAGGCUCUUCAGGCUGGUGCAGACAUCUCCAUGAUUGGGCAGUUUGGUGUUGGCUUUUAUUCUGCCUACCUGGUGGCAGAGAAAGUGGUUGUGAUCACAAAGCACAACGAUGAUGAACAGUAUGCUUGGGAGUCUUCUGCUGGAGGUUCCUUCACUGUGCGUGCUGACCAUGGUGAGCCCAUUGGCAGGGGUACCAAAGUGAUCCUCCAUCUUAAAGAAGAUCAGACAGAGUACUUAGAAGAGAGGCGGGUCAAAGAAGUAGUGAAGAAGCAUUCUCAGUUCAUAGGCUAUCCCAUCACCCUUUAUUUGGAGAAGGAACGAGAGAAGGAAAUUAGUGAUGAUGAGGCAGAGGAAGAGAAAGGUGAGAAAGAGGAGGAAGAUAAAGAUGAUGAAGAAAAGCCCAAGAUCGAAGAUGUGGGUUCAGAUGAGGAGGAUGACAGUGGUAAGGAUAAGAAGAAGAAAACUAAGAAGAUCAAAGAGAAAUACAUUGAUCAGGAAGAACUAAACAAGACCAAGCCCAUUUGGACCAGAAACCCUGAUGACAUCACCCAAGAGGAGUAUGGAGAAUUCUACAAGAGCCUCACCAAUGACUGGGAAGACCACUUGGCAGUCAAGCACUUUUCUGUAGAAGGUCAGUUGGAAUUCAGGGCAUUGCUAUUCAUUCCUCGUCGGGCUCCCUUUGACCUUUUUGAGAACAAGAAGAAAAAGAACAACAUCAAACUCUAUGUCCGCCGUGUGUUCAUCAUGGACAGCUGUGAUGAGUUGAUACCAGAGUAUCUCAAUUUUAUCCGUGGUGUGGUUGACUCUGAGGAUCUGCCCCUGAACAUCUCCCGAGAAAUGCUCCAGCAGAGCAAAAUCUUGAAAGUCAUUCGCAAAAACAUUGUUAAGAAGUGCCUUGAGCUCUUCUCUGAGCUGGCAGAAGACAAGGAGAAUUACAAGAAAUUCUAUGAGGCAUUCUCUAAAAAUCUCAAGCUUGGAAUCCACGAAGACUCCACUAACCGCCGCCGCCUGUCCGAGCUGCUGCGCUAUCAUACCUCCCAGUCUGGAGAUGAGAUGACAUCUCUGUCAGAGUACGUUUCUCGCAUGAAGGAGACACAGAAGUCCAUCUAUUACAUCACUGGUGAGAGCAAAGAGCAGGUGGCCAACUCAGCUUUUGUGGAGCGAGUGCGGAAACGGGGCUUCGAGGUGGUAUAUAUGACCGAGCCCAUUGAUGAGUACUGUGUGCAGCAGCUCAAGGAAUUUGAUGGGAAGAGCCUGGUCUCAGUUACCAAGGAGGGUCUGGAGCUGCCUGAGGAUGAGGAGGAGAAGAAGAAGAUGGAAGAGAGCAAGGCAAAGUUUGAGAAUCUCUGCAAGCUCAUGAAAGAAAUCUUAGAUAAGAAGGUUGAGAAGGUGACAAUCUCCAAUAGACUUGUGUCUUCACCCUGCUGCAUUGUGACCAGCACCUAUGGCUGGACAGCCAAUAUGGAGCGGAUCAUGAAAGCCCAGGCACUUCGGGACAACUCCACCAUGGGCUAUAUGAUGGCCAAAAAGCACCUGGAGAUCAACCCUGACCACCCCAUUGUGGAGACGCUGCGGCAGAAGGCUGAGGCCGACAAGAAUGAUAAGGCAGUUAAGGACCUGGUGGUGCUGCUGUUUGAAACCGCCCUGCUAUCUUCUGGCUUUUCCCUUGAGGAUCCCCAGACCCACUCCAACCGCAUCUACCGCAUGAUCAAGCUAGGUCUAGGUAUUGAUGAAGAUGAAGUGGCAGCAGAGGAACCCAGUGCUGCAGUUCCUGAUGAGAUCCCCCCUCUGGAGGGCGAUGAGGAUGCGUCUCGCAUGGAAGAAGUCGAUUAGGUUAGGAGUUCAUAGUUGGAAAACUUCUGUGCCCUUGUAUAGUGUCCCCAUGGCUCCCACUGCAGCCUCGAGUGCCCCUGUCCCACCUGGCUCCCCCUGCUGGUGUCUAGUGUUGUUUUCCCUCUCCUGUCCUUGUGUUGAAGGCAGGAAACCAAGGGUGUCAAGCCCCAUUCCCUCUCUACUCUUGACAGCAGGAUUGGAUGUUGUGUAUUGUGGUUUAUUUUAUUUUCUUCAUUUUGUUCUGAAAUUAAAGUAUGCAAAAUAAAGAAUAUGCCGUUUUUAUACA